UCCAGGAUGGCGGCGGAGAAGAAAAAUGCGAGCAAAUGUUCAAAGCGACUAUCGUUGACAUUAGGAGUUCCCGAAAUAGUAAUUCAGGAUGCAACUCCUAUUGAAGGGGACAUUGAAAACCUGAUGAUGUCGAAGUCUGAUUAUAAUGAUGACAGCGCAGGUGAGAGUGAUGAAGGUGAAUCAAGUGAAGAUGACACACCAGGUGGUGGUGGUGACAGAAGAGUAGAAAUAUCGCAGGUUCCGGCCGAUGCAGCAGAAGAAAUAAAAAAUUCAGAAGCAGCUGUUCGUACGGAUGAUCGGUCUCGUAAUGAGGAUGCGGUCGGCUCUGCGGUGCACAACACUGAUGCCGUAACCUCGGCAACAGACGGUGCGACGGCGCAUCGGGAGAAAACUGGGAGGGAAUCCGCAGCAGAGAACGGCAAGACGUUUCCCGAGUCCGGCGUCCAGAAUGCCACCGACAUCCCUGCAAACUUCAUCUCAGCGAAAGCAGAGUGGGAUGCUGUGGAGACGGCCAUUCCAGGUGGCGGUGACGACGCGACGGUGGCCAUCUCUUCCUCCUCAUCGCUGUCCCUCAAGGAGACGAUUAGCUUCUUCAAAGAUGUCGACCUCACGGAAUACUCGGCGCAGAUCAAGCCGUCGGUACAGCGUACGAUGUUGGCCAAGUUGAAGCAGUUCUUUCUCGGACCGCCGAAACUCGCAGCCGAUCUUCACGCCGAAAGAAACUUCGUCUUCUCGCUCGGGCUGUGUCCUUUUGACAACGAGCAGCCAGUUCACUGCAGAAUGUUGCAGACCGUGUACAGACAGCUAACUGGCAAUAAACUCGACUGCCCGAGAUAUGGCAGCCACUGGGAGCAAAUAGGAUUCCAAGGUAAUGAUCCGGCGACGGACCUGAGAGGCAUGGGUAUGCUGGGUCUUCUCACUGCCCUCAGUCUGCUCACGGAUAGCAAGACUCUGCCACUCGCCAGGGACAUACACAAGCUGUCUCUCCACGAAACACAGAAUUUUCCAUUCGUGAUGAGCAUAAACAUAAGUAGAAUCGUCCUGCAGGCGUUGAGAGAGGACUGUUUAAACAGAGAGUGCAAUAGAAGGCGGCAGGUGUUGUCCGUCGUCAACACCUUCUAUGCGGCGACAUUUCUACAGCUGUAUACGACGUGGAAGCAGCAUCACAAGACCAUUAAAGAUUCAGGCUUCGUCAUUAAAGAUCUGGAACAGUAUGUAAAGCGAAACCCCAAGCGAGUUCUACACAACCUAGAACACUACCUAACGGAGCCAAGAAAAUCGGCAAAGCAGCCUGCAUCCAACGCGGAGCCCGGGCAAGACACCUUCUCAAACGUGUGCGAAGUAAAAUAGGGUAGAAACGAGUGUCAUUGCAGUUGUACACUGACGGUGACAAGGCGAAACCUGUACGUGGCUACUGUAGACCUUGGUAAACUCCAGUAUCUAUUGUAGACCUUGACAAACUCCACUCGGCUUGGUAAGCGAGAUUUUUCUGGAAUCUUCUUUCGCAUCGCUAGUCCCGUGACGCAUUAGUUUGGCUGAUGAAUCUAAAAUCGGAUGGCGUAGGAAAAGCGAAAAA